AUGUGUACGAUAGCGGCUCCUGCCAAAUGUACGUUAUUCUACAACGCCACGAUCAUCACGGUCAACGAACGACGUGAGAUCAUCCUCGAUGGCUACAUCCGCGUCGAUGCCGACCGCAUUACAACGGUCGGAAAGUGCCCGUUUCCGGAUGAGUUACCCGCCCAGACAGAAGUAAUUGAUUGCGAUGGGAAGAUCAUCAUUCCAGGAUUAAUCAACACCCAUGCUCACCUCGUUCAGUCUCUCCUCCGAGGACUGGCAGAGGAUCUGCCAUUGCACAACUGGCUAUGCGACGCAAUCUGGCCACUGGAAGCAUCUUUCCAAGGUGAUGAUGGUGUUCGGGCAGCACGCCUGACAAUGGCAGAGAUGCUGAAGACCGGGACCACAUGCUUCUUGGACCCGAUGCUGACCUACCGGGCGGGGUUCGACGCGAUUUGCGACGUGGUGGGCGAGAUGGGAAUCAGGGGAUGCCUUGGCAAGCUCGUCAAGUUCACCGAAACGAAUCGACAAUUGUCAAUCACCGACCCGAGGGAUCAGGACCUCCUUGCCAUGUCAAUCCCAGAACUGCUGAAAGCACACGAGAGACACCACGAGAGCCACGAUGGUCGGAUCCAUGUGUGGGCAGCCGCGGGCACACCACGGGGCACAUCAAUCGCGUAUUACCGUGAGCUGGGCGAGACAUGCGCUAAGAAUGGCAUAUCGGCAACGAUGCACUGUGCCGAAGCUCCACGAGAUCGAGAGAUCUACCGAGAUAUAUAUCUCUGCAGCUCUAUGGAGUUCGUUCGGAACGCGAAGCUCUGUGCAGCCACAACAGUGUCGGCCCAGAGCCAUGAUGAGCUCUCUCAUCGGCUAGUGCUGGCCCACAUGGUCAAUCUGGACGAGGAGAUUGACAUCCCACUGCUGGCAAGCACUCAUACUUCGGUGGCUCACAACCCCACUUCAAAUCUCAAGCUGGCAUCCGGAGUGGCUCCCGUGCCGGCCAUGCUGUCCGCACCAUCGCCUGUGAAUGUAUCUUUGGGUACUGAUGGCGCCCCCUGCGCCAAUCACUAUGAUAUGUUUCAAGAAAUGCACCUGGCAGGGAUCCUUCACAAAGGCGUCCAUCGGGAUGCCAGGCUGAUUCCCGCCGAGGUCGCCCUGGAGAUGGCCACAAUCAACGGAGCGAAGGCGCUGGGGCUCGAGCAUGAGGUUGGAAGUCUUGAGGCAGGCAAAAAGGCGGAUCUUGUGGUAGUAGAUCCGUACGGGGGUGGGGGACUUGGUGCAGCCCCGUGGAGCAACCGAUCCUCCAGAAACGCGGUCAGCCCUGUGACAACGGUUGUGCAUGGAUGUACGGGCCGCGACGUAGACACAACGAUGGUGAAUGGGGUGGUCUUGGUCCGAGAAGGCAGAUUGGUGAGAGGAGGCAGGGAGAAAGAAAGGGAGAUCGUUCGCAUGGCUCAGGAGGCGGUUGAGGGCCUUCUCCAGCGCGGCAACCACGGCCGAAAGCCUGGGCAAGAGAUCGGAGGCAAACUCAUGAAAGGGUGGUCGUAUAUCUGA